UUUCUUUCAUUACAUAAUUUUGACUCCAGUCCCAAACUGCCGAAAUUAGGAGAGAGAAAAUUACCAAAACAAAGAAAACAACAGAGCUAAAACUACAUUCAACUGCUUAAACUUCAGCAAAACUCCAUUUUUGUUGCUGCAGAAAGCUUCAAGAAAUACAGUGAUAUGGAGGAAGAAAACAGUGAUAUUAACAAUGGCACAGUUGAUACAGGAAAGGCCGAGAGAUCGGUUUGGUUGAUGAAAUGCCCACUUGUUAUUUCUAAUUCGUGGCAGUCACGCGCUUCAUCUUCUGACCCUCAACCCGUUUCCAAGGUUGUUUUAUCGCUCGAUCCUCUUCGACCUGAUGAUCCUUCUGCCGUUCAGUUUACUAUGGAGAUGAACGGCUCCGAUAUGGGUCCGAGGAGCUACUCUUUAAAUAUGUUUAAGGACUUUGUUCCCAUGAGUAUUUUCUCAGAGAGUCAAGGCAGGGUUGCAGUGGAAGGCAAAGUUGAGCAUAAAUUUGAUAUGAAGCCUCAUAAUGAGAAUUUUGAGGAGUAUGGAAGAUUGUGCCGUGAAAGGACAAAUAAGUCCAUGAUUAAGAACAGACAAAUACAGGUGAUUGAUAAUGACCGUGGUGUGCACAUGCGGCCGAUGCCUGGAUUGGUAGGAUUCGGUAGUAGUGCUAAGGAGAAGAAGAAGACAGCACCAGUUAAGCCAGUAGAGAUGAAGAGAACUAGAAGGGAUCGUGGAGAGCUGGAGGAUAUCAUGUUUAAGCUAUUUGAAAGAAAGCCUAACUGGGCACUAAAACAAUUGGUCCAAGAAACGGAUCAACCUGCUCAAUUCUUGAAAGAAAUAUUGAAUGAGCUGUGCGUGUACAACAAAAGAGGAACAAAUCAAGGUACUUAUGAGCUUAAGCCUGAAUACAAGAAAGCAGUGGAUAAUCCUGGAGCCGACUAAGUCUUCCCCUGUUGUACAAUUAUGUGUAUCAUGGUCAUGGAGCUACACCACGGCAGCAAUUUCCGAGCAAAACUUGUGUUUGGAGACACCGGUGGAACUGCCUUAUGUUGCGGGUGAUUGAUUCACCAACGUCACUAUAUAGACUUGACAACUAGCAGUCUCUAUGUCACAUUUACUUGCAUAAGAAGCCUAUAUGGCUACAUAUCUAGUAGACUAGUAUCCACACUUGUGAUGUCAAUGCAUGUAUAUUAUACUUCCCCUCAAUAAUCUUACUCUUUAAUUUUC